UAAAGCUAGCUACAGAGUGGCUCGUAAAUUGAGAAUCCUAAAGGAUGAGAGCAAGAAGUGAGCCAAAGAGGAAGGACUGAAAGAAGGGGGGGGAGGUGGACAGAGCGAGAAGAGAAGGGUGUUGAGGGUUGACUUGGCGCACAGAAUGAGGAUGAAUGAAAUCUCAUAGAGACAAAAAUCGAGAGAAAAGUGGAUUAAAGAAGGUGACAUGAACACUAGAUACUUUCACUGUCUUGCUAGUCACAGAAAGAGAUGCAAUUAUGUUGACCAACUAUCUGUGGACAGUCGUGAUAUCAAGGGAAACAGAGAUAGGAGAGAAGAGCCAGGACAAGGAUUGACAUUGCUGGUUGAAUUGGCAUUUAGGGAUGUUUCUGGCACUUGCACAACUGCCGUGAAAAAGAAUGAACUGGAAAAGAGGGGAUUUGAUGUCCACCUUUUCAAUGCAAUGGAGCCAGAACGGAGCACCCUAAACACCAUAAAAUAUCAUACACAUCUCCUUGUCUCAAUCCCUCCUAUCCCAGGUGUUGGUGAUCUGGUGCUGCAGCAUGGGGAACUUCUAAGGCAGGAACUUUCUGAUGGAAAUCUUCAGUGGCUCUGCUAGUUAUCAUCAACUAGUGUGUACUCCUUUAUGUUGAGAAAAAGUUAAUGGAAUUAAAUUAUCAAAAGUAUUUGGAAUUUGUUUCCAAUCUUCAUCUUUAUGUCUAAAUUUUUCCAAACUAUUUACGACAUGUUUGAUUCAAAUAUAUAUUAUUCUCACUCUAUUCCAUGAUUUCAUUGAUUUAUUAUGUAGAUUGAUAUUUUGAUUUGCAGUUAAGCCAGCUCCAUAUUGUUUUAAAUUCUAAACUGAUGACUUUACUUUUCUCAACAUAGGGAUCACAGUAUACCUAGUUUUGAAUUAAACAUGAAAUUUGAUGUGGUAUUUAAAGACUUCUUUUAAUCUUUAUUGCAUUUUUAUUAUAUUUAUAUCCAUGUUCUAAAUAAUUGACAUUUGAACCCAAUGGUACCUUAUUCAUCUUAAAAUUAAUACUAUGUGGCAUUAAGGAAGUAGUACUGAAUUCUAUUCAAUAGUUCACACCUGAGGAAGGAGAAUAUAUCUCUAAUAUCGUUCAUAUGAUUUACAUUGGUCUAUACAUGCAUAAAUAUGUAGAUAGAUAGAUAUAAAUAUACAUGGUUUCCAUGAUAGAAACUUAUACAUGGAUACAAAUGAUGAUGGUGUACAAGAAACUAGUAAAAAUUCUUAUAAAUCGUUAUAGUUUCUGCAUCUUUGUGGCUUUCUCCUUGAACUAAUGAGUCCAACAUUAUGGUUUCUUCAAGCGCCUGAAGCUCAUUUUGGAUAUUGGGAUACUACUGAUGUCUGACAGGUGUAUAUGGACAUUGUGGUGGUGAAUUGGUGGAUGAGGAGUAAGUGUUUUCCAAGUGUAACAUGAGCUUUUGAUUUUGGCAUGAGCUUGUAUUUGAUAAUGUAAGAUGCCGAUACAUGCAU